CUUUUAUUACACAGUUAGGACUCACCCAAAUCUGUUCCCAGUACAAAGUGCGUUCUGGCUGGUCAUGAUCCUGACCUUUUCCUCACCUCCCUCCUGCUUUGUCUCUCCUCAGACUCUGUCCUGCAAAAUGACACCUGAGAACUUCACCUGGGCCUGGGGUGCCCCUGCUGAGUUCAUCCUCCUGGGCAUCACAGACCGCUGGGACCUGCGCCUGACCCUCUUUCUCAUCUUCCUGCCCGUCUACCUGGUGAGCUUGCUGGGAAACGCAGGCAUGGUGCUACUGAUCCACAUAGACGCCCAGCUUCACACACCCAUGUACUUCUUCCUGGCCAACCUCUCCCUGCUAGAUGCCUGCUAUUCCUCAGCCAUCGGCCCCAAGAUGCUUGUGGACCAGCUGUUGCCUCGCGCCAGCAUCCCUUACGCAGCCUGUGUCCUCCAAAUGUUCCUGUUCACAGGGCUGGCCGAUGCCGAGUGUUGCCUGCUGGCAGCCAUGGCCUAUGACCGCUACGUGGCCAUCGGAAACCCUCUUCUCUACACCACGGCCAUGUCCAGGCGUCUGUGCCUGGUCUUGCUGGGAGCCUCCGGCCUGGGCGGGGCAGUGAGCGCCGUGGUCCACACGACCUUCACCUUCCGCCUGAGCUUCUGCGGCUCCCGGGAGGUGAACAGCUUCUUCUGCGAUAUUCCCCCCCUGCUGGCCAUCUCCUGCAACGACACCAGUCUCAAUGAACUCCUCCUCUUCGCCGUCUGUGGCUUCAUCCAGCCAGCCACCGUGUCGGCCAUCGCCGUGUCCUACGGGUUCAUUGCCGGCGCUGUGAUCCGCAUGCGCUCGGCCGAGAGCCGGUGGCGAGCAGCCUCGACCUGUGGCUCCCACCUCACGGCUGUGGCCAUGCUGUACGGGACACUCAUCUUCAUGUACCUGCGUCCCAGCUCCAGCUACGCCCUGGACACGGACAAGAUGGCCUCCGUGUUCUACACCCUUGUCAUCCCAGCUCUCAACCCACUCAUCUACAGCCUCCGCAACAAAGAGGUCAAGGAGGCGCUCAGAAGGACUUGGAGCCGAUGCUGCAGUCCACGGCGGAGGCACCAGUGA